GCUCAGUUGUGCCGUGGCCUACUCUCCCCGACUUACCUGCCCUCGGGUCCACUUCGCACUUUUUCUUUUUUUUUUUCACACGCGCGACAGGUGAAUAAGAAACGCAGAAAUAACUCUUUUGUGUUGCAUUCUUCUCGUGACCGGGUCGCUACUCUUACUUCGCUUUUCCAUUUCCAAAAAGUGCCGUAGUUUCUAGUUUUUUGGUAAAAUAUAAGUGCUUCUUAAUCUUCAAAUAUUGUCUCUCAUCCUAAGUUUUCUUUUGGCAAAAACUGACAGGCUUUCGAUAGAUGUGUUAAAACAAGAAGGCAAGGUUAAAAGAGGAGGUUUCCUCAUUGUCGUUGCUGGGUGCCAAAAAAUCUGUAUAGUCAAAGUUGCGUGAGCCACUUUGGCGGCGACAUUAUGUCGCCCCCGAUGAGUAAAGUUCCAUUACUUCUAAGCGCACUCCUACUACUUUUGCCUUGUAUUUCUGCGGGUGUUGUCGACACUACGACUGAUAUCGCCUCCACGACAGAAUAUGAUUCUAGCGACAUAAGCGCAACAUACAGUACUGAAAUCAAUGAAGUCGAUGAAGUAGAAAUUGAAAAGGAAAUUGAUGAAAAUGAUUGGCGCAAUAAUACACUCAUUUAUUACAUUUGGGUGAGGGCUUUUCGAGACAGUGACGGCGAUGGUAAUGGUGAUUUGCGAGGCAUUAUUAACCGUCUCGACUAUCUAUAUGAGCUUGGAAUAAAAACCAUAAGAUUGAGCCCUAUUUAUACAUCUCCAAUGAUUGAUUCUGGAUAUGAUAUUCAAAAUUUUACUGAUGUUAAUCCAAUGUUUGGAAAUAUGAUUGAUUUUGAAGAAUUGGUACAUAAAGCUCACAACAGAGAUUUAAGAAUUAUUUUGGAUAUUGUUCCAAAUCAUUCUAGCGAUCAACAUGAAUGGUUUACAUCUUCAGCAGUUACUUGUGCUGAAGACCCUUACGAUGACUAUUACAUUUGGGCUGAUGGCAUAGUCGAAGAUAACAAAGUAUUGCCACCAAAUAAUUGGAAAAAUAUUCACAGCGAUACAGAAGGAUCAGCCUGGACAUGGCAUCCAAAAAGAAGGCAAUGGUACUAUCACAGACUCCAUCAAACUGAACCAGAGCUUAAUUUAAGAAAUGAGAAUGUUAUUCAAGAAUUUUUGGAUAUCUUUGAUUUCUGGCUAGAAAAAGGAGUUGAUGGAUUUUCUAUUAGUGGUAUAUCUUACUUUUUGGAGGAUGAAAGUUUACGUGAUGAAAUAGAAGAUGACGAUAAUGAUAAUGAUGAAGAUAAUCACAAUACCUCUUGUUGCAUGGGUAUAUCAGAGACUGCUGAAAUACUAUUUAAAUUUCGAGAUCAUAUUGAUCAAUGGGUUCAGGAUAAUAAUGCAGAACCAAAAUUAUUACUUGGUGAAGUGGAUGAGUCUGAUGAUAACAUAAUCAAUUAUUACGGAAAUCAGACACAUUUAGGAAUCACACCACUAAACACCGUUUUGAUUACGAAACUGAAUAAGACAAGUGAUGCUAAAGACAUUAAAGAAGUUAUAGAAGAUUGGAUGGAGCGUAUUCCCGAAGGGGCUAAAACAAAUUGGAUUCUUUCUGAUCAAGACCAUUCAAGAGCGACAUCGAGACUCGAUUUAGAACUUAUUGAUGGUCUCAAUAUGCUUGCUUUACUGUUACCUGGCCAAGCAAUUACCUAUUAUGGUGAAGAAAUAGGAAUGGUGAGUGGGAACAUAUCACGAGAAGACUCAAUCGAUCUAACAGCUCUAGAAAUACUAGAAGAUUCUGAAGAAUUAUCAAGAGAUUCAUACAGGACACCUAUGCAAUGGGAUUCGUCAACCUCAGCCGGAUUUUCUUACAAUGAAAGCACAUUCCUACCAGUUAAUCCUGAUUAUAUUGAAAUUAAUGUCGAUAAACAGUUAAACGACGUAAAUAGUGACUUAGAGGCCUAUAAAAAACUGGCUGUACUUAGGCAAGGUCCAAUAUUUACAGAAGGAGACUAUCAAUUGGAUGUUGUAAACGAGGACAACGUUCUUCUUUUAAAGAGAACCAUAGGAAAUGAUUCUUGCAUUGCUAUUAUAAACUUUGGAUCAUCGAAAGAAAUAGUCAAUUUAACAGCUUUGUAUCCUGAUUUAGAAAAAGAUUUGCAAGUUAUGCUUGACUCCAGUAAUGCAGAUGUAGAGAUAGAAAAUGAUCAAGAUGAUGAUGACGACAUAGAAAAUGACUCUUUUAUACUAAAUGCUAAUGCAGCAGCUGUUCUCUGUGAUAAAGAAGAUUUUGAAGAAUUUAUCGAUGAUAUAAAUUCAAGUGAAAUUGAAUCUGCAAGUACGACGACAACGGAAGAACCUAGUUUGGUCAUUCCAGUUACCACAACUGAAGCCUCUACUCCAAGUUCAGCCUACACCAAAAAAGCAUUUCAGUUUGUGAUUAAUCUCCUCCUUUUGUCUGUUCUAAGAAUACUUUAAAAUUUAUCCAUCUUGUAAAAUUUUUACAAAAUUUUGUAUUAUUAAAGUGUUUUUUAUU